AUGCUUAGCAGCAGCAAAUCAACACUUAAACUCGUGCAGAGAUUCGUGCAAAGGCGUGACAGUAGGGAUGCCGUCAUGGUCAGCCUGCGAUCUUCGUCUUCCGACUCUGCAAGUGACGGCCGUCGCAGCCGCAAUUCCCAGCUCGAGCCACGGCUACUGUGCUUCAAGUUUGAGCACUUGAAAGCUCUGAGGUCUCGAGAGAUCCGGCGUCGCCUUGGUGCAGCCCUGCGCUGCCAUGCCACAGGGCUUGCGGAGAUUACGUACACGGACGAGGUCUGCGCGCUCGACCCGCCAUCAGAUGGCACAUGGCCAUCUGACAGAGCAGACCGCUCCGACGGCACAGCCAGCUCCGAGAACGAGGCCGAGGAGCAUCUUCAGCCCGGUGCAGAAGACGCACGAGCUUCAGACUCGCAGGUCUUUUGUGCUUUGCGCGCUCUGGGUCAGCCGAGCAAGGUCCAAGUCAGCCAUGUGUGCAAGCAGCUACUCGCUGCAAACCUUCAAGUGCUGGAGAUAGCCUGUGUCGAUCCGCUAGCAUUGUACCUUAUCUGUUACUCUUCGGCCAAGCUUGCUGUUGCGGAAGCCCUGGUGCGAGACGGGCAUGGCGUGCGACCAGUGACGGAGGUGUAUCCUGGACCAUCGGCCUCGGUCUUGGCGGCUGCCGGCCUGAGCAGCCUCGCCAUCGCGCAGCCCAAAGCUCGGCCUCAAGACCUCGCCAUGUUCGCGGGCAUUUGGGUAGAGGAUGGUGUAUGGUCUGCUGAUUCCGUCGGUGAUGAAGGUGCUGAUGACGACUCAGCCGGCUUAGAUGACCCAGGCCAAGGUCACCUCCCGCCCUCGGAACAGGCUUUCCACGGGUCGAGGAGACUACGCUUUGUGAGCCGUCGUGGCCUUCUGGCAGAGGCGCAUUUUGGCGAGCCAUUCAGAGUGAUAGCGGGCUCCUUUGCCUUGGAAGACAGCACUACCUUCGAGCCGAAGGACGAUGCCAAGGAGGUGCAUGAAGAAGGCAGCAAGGCAGUUGCUAUUCGAAAGAUAGCUGUCGACACCGAGCCGACGCCGCUGCAUACGGGCAGCCUCACUUCGCAGCUGGUUUCCUCGUCUGAGAUGAAAGACAUUCCCGAAGGAACCGUUUGGCGGCGAAUAUCCCAGAGCGACUCGCACGUGGCUGCCGUGGAGCUGCUGACAGAACAGGCCGGAGGUCCUGGUUCUGCACCUCCCUCCAGUGGUUUGAGGGCAGGUGCCUGGAUUAUCUGUGGCGACUUCUGCUUGCAGGUUCUCGGGCCACCUCGUGGCGAGGGCUUGAUCGGCGGCACCUUGUGUCAAAGCCUGGAGCAGCUGUGCUCAGUUGAAGGCGAAGAAGGGGUUGCCUCUGAGAUGUCGACCCGAUUCGAGGCGUCUGCAGGAAAAGUCCUAGCAGAUGGACGCGUCCAGCGAGAUCGGGGCCUGGGUCGGGCUGUAGAGCAGGGUGCUUUGCUUUGCGGUGCUCAAGAAGACGAGAAUGGCUUCAAGACAGCGAGCAUCCUCUACAGCACUGGACUCAUGACCAAGGGUGGAAGCCUCACCUUGGAAAGUGUUGCCGGCUCCUUCACUCAAAUCUGGCGCAUUCGGGAACUUGAGGCAAAUCCCUUUGACAGCCCAGCUCUGCGAGCUUCACGAAGAAUGUCAUCUUUGAGUACAGGAAAGCUUGCGUCGCCAUCUGCCGCAGUGGCACGCAUCGCUUCUGCCAUGGGCCCAAAGGGCAGGGGCAAGAGUGCGGCGGGCAAGGGCAAAGGCAAGGGCAAGAGUGGGAUCAAGGGCUCACGCAGAUCAUCACGCCCAAGUCAGGCAGGCUCCGCACCCUUCCCCAGCCCUGGGCCGAUCGGAGCCUGGUCGAGUGUGCGACCGACGCUGCCUCUUAGAGGUGCAUCCACCCUGUCACGACCACCAGCCCGGCCAAGGCCUGCGGCCCCUCCUCUUCGUGUGGGCGGCCUUCCGGAACGAAAGGUGGAGGAUCGUGGUCGGGAACCCCGUGCCGUUGGUGGGCCAUUUCCAGAUCGUUUCUAUGAUCGCUUCCAAAGCAGAAGUGUUACUCUGAAUCCUGCACCACACCGCGACAGCCAUCGCAGUGCCUCGCGAAGAAGAUCGCGAUCGCCAGGUCCUCGUGCUCGUGCCGAACCGAUGGGUGCCCAAAAAGAGAAGAUUCGCCACCGCAGCCGUGGACGCCACAGAUCCCGAAGCAGGAGUCGCCGGCGACGGAAGACAUGA